CCACCUUCAACUUUCAUCUACAACUGCAACGCCAAUCUCAGAAAUCAGACAACAUGGCUCCCGCAGCAACCGGCGCGAAGAAGCAGAAGAAGAAGUGGUCGAAGGGCAAAGUCAAGGACAAGGCACAGCACGCCGUCCUCCUCGACAAGACGACCUCUGAGAAGCUCUACAAGGACGUCCAAUCGUACCGCCUCGUCACAGUCGCCACUCUCGUCGACAGACUAAAGAUCAACGGCUCGCUGGCACGAACAUGCCUGAAGGAUCUUGAGGAGAAGGGACAGAUCAAGCCCGUCGUUACGCACAGCAAGAUGAAGAUCUACACCCGAGCUGUCGGCGCCUCCGACUAAACCAUCAAUCUCACGAUACCAUGAUGAAAAAAUGACGUUCGGUCGGUCGACAACAGAGCUCGACGGACUAGAUGGAUCGCGGAUAGGGAUAUGAUGGAUUCAGGCAUUCGGUCCUCGGCGUAGCAUUGGGACGGUUAUGGUUCAGUAUUUCGCUUGCAAUUGCAUUCAGAUAGGGACCAAAUGAAAAAAAUCCCUGAUUACUCUGUGUGAAACCUUGUCCUCCUUAUUUUCCACUUAUUGUGGAUUCUGCUGGUGUAUUGCUCCCCUUAAAACAAGCCAUGAAGUAUCAUGCUUAACUAUUAUGUCGAAAUAUCGAAAUAUCGAAAUACGUAUUGGUAGGAUAGAGAUAUCUAAGGUAUGUAUGUAUAUAGCUUAGCAUGUUGAGUUACUUAGUAGAUGCUUAUAGAUAGUAUCUAUCAAAAAAUACCGAUUCACGUUCAAACCACGAUCUUGGAAUCCACGAAUCAAGUAGCUAGUAUCUCCCUUGUCGAUCUAGUAGGGUUGGCGGUGAACCCUUAGGGUAUAUCCGAGACUAUAGAUAUCUAUGGAUGCUGAUUGCAUCACACUGGUUGGUUAUACAUGGUUACUAUUGGAGGCUCAUAGCUG